GUUGCGAGUACAGUUAGCACUGUUGACGGUUGUGCUGCUGUCGGCCAGCGCGGUUAUUAACCGAAGCAAUCAAGAUUUUCGGCGGUGCUUCUCUAAUUUUAUCGUAUUGUCUUACGUUGUUUUAAAGCUGUUCGAAGACGUGCUGUUUUUUUACAUAACCCAGUCCUAGUGUGCUGGGUGCAGUGUGAAUCUUGGUGCUUUGACAUUGUUUUUAAACUUGUUCUUUAUCGAAGACAUAUUCUCCUUUGUCUCGCUUCCACUACGAUAACAGUUUGUGGGUAAGGACCUUAUAUACUCUACAAUACCCAGAACGAUGAUUCUUCCGGCCACUCUUAACAUUUAAAGGCCAUUUUUUUCACAUAAGACGGUCCACCGAACAUAGUUGAAAGAUCUGUAAGAUGCGCAGCUCAAUAGAAAAUGACGUUCCACCUUGCGUUGCUGGCCAGCGCAAGAAAAGAUUCCCCAGGUGGUCUCUCCGCCACCUCAUUUACUCUAGUCCCAUCUUGAACAGGAGGCGUAGCCAGAACUCGUCGGGGUCGUCGAAGUCACAUAAGAAAGACGCUAAGGAUGUGCCAGACAGUAAAGUUGGUAGCUCUUCCAGAGAACAUGAUCGACAACAUCCUGUGGAAAUCCAUCAGGCAACUAGUCGAACUUCAGUGUUUACAGCAAGUACAAAGAGUGGAGAAGCCGCACCGUCCUCGAUGGAAUGUCCUUUGUGCCUGGCCGAACUGACCCCAGAGGACUUUUGCGAGUUGGCAGGAUGCGGCCAUAGGGCGUGCAUAUGUUGUUUCCAGCAAUAUUUACGUGUGGAGAUUACAGAGUCGCGAGUGUGUAUAUCUUGCCCGGAAUGCUUGGAACCCAUGCACCCUAAUGAGAUUCGUACGGUUUUGGACAACCCCGCCCUGUUCGAGAAGUACGAAGACUUCAUGGUGAGGAGAGUGUUGGCGGUCGAUCCGGACACCAGGUGGUGCCCGGCCCCCGACUGUUGUUUUGCUGUGAUAGCCAGUGAAUGCGCCAGUUGUCCAAAGUUGAAGUGCGAGAGGCCAGGGUGUGAUUCUUACUUCUGUUACCACUGCAAGGCCGAGUGGCACCCCAAUCAGACGUGCGACGCCGCCAGGGCGCAGAGGUCGCCCAACAUCAGGUCGUCGUCGAUCACUUACAGUCAGGAUUCACAGCAUAGGGAUGACAUAAAGCCGUGCCCUCGGUGCCAGGUACUGAUCGUUAAGAUGGACGAUGGCUCCUGCAACCAUAUGAUGUGCACUGUUUGCGGAGCCGAGUUUUGCUGGCUGUGCAUGAAGGAAAUCAAUGAUCUUCAUUUCUUAAGUCCAUCUGGUUGUACCUUCUGGGGUAAGAAGCCGUGGUCGAGAAAAAAGAAAAUUCUCUGGCAACUGGGAACGUUGGUGGGUGCUCCUGUUGGUAUAGCUUUGGUGGCAGGCAUCACCGUCCCUGCUAUGAUAAUAGGCAUUCCAGUGUGGGUUGGUAGGAAGUUGUAUACAAGAUAUAAGGCAGCAAACAAGCACAAGAGGAAUGCUGCUAUUGUGGGAGGAGUGAUUGCUUCGGUUGUGAUCUCUCCUAUAUUGGCUGGCUUGGCCGUAGGAAUAGGUGUUCCUAUUCUCUUAUUUUACGUCUAUGGAGUAGUCCCCGUCUCCUUGUGCCGCUCAGGAGGCUGUGGGGGUUCCUCUGCUUCUGAAGAUUCCAACAUUGUCACGUCAAGAGCCGCAGACACCACUUCCAUAGACGCAGUAAGCACAAAAGGUCCUAAUCCGUCUAUCGGAGAAGCGAGUAUAUCAAUGGCCAGUGGCAGUCAAGUGUUGAGGGAGAUGGAUAGGGAAUCCGCAAGCACAGUGGCUUUAGCCGGUAGCGUUGGUCACGCCGGACAGAGGUUGGAAGUUCAGGCCGAUCUGGUAUCUGCACAGAGAUUCAGUCUCAGUAGUUUGACAGAAUCGGUCAAUGCUAGUAUAGCUGACGAUGCUGGGGCAAGUGUUAGAGCUCUAGCAGGGUCCAUGCUGAAUUAUAAGGCUCCUGGAAGUGACUCGUGCAGUUGCGUUACAACCGAAGAUUGCACAUCAGAGAGAGUCCGUUUUGACGAUUACGUGAGCUUCAUCACUUCGUCUCAGGCGGAGAAAACGAGCAUCGGCAGCAGCUGUAGUUUCCGUGCCAGAUGUGCUACGAAACCAACACUUUCUAAGAGCGAACGCGUAUGCGACACCCUCAGUAACGAUAGUAUUUAUAUUGACAUAGAUGAGAAGCCCCGUAAAUAUUCCUCCCAAGCAGCAAUCCUGCGCAGCCAAUUCUUUCAUUCCAUUAACGAUGGAAAACCAACAACAAAGAGUUUAGAUGAUAAGACUAUUAUUGAAGUUUCGAACGAAACCUUGGAUAAGCAGUCGCAGCCACUCAUUACCGAAUCUUCUCAACCCAUAAAGUUAUCAGCUUCUUUAAACUUUGAAAAUUCAAAAUUAUAGUUACCCAAUACUGGAGCACUUUUCGUGAAAGACUGAUGUGCAUAAAAUAUUAUUUAUUUUAUAUGUAUAUUUAAAACUCGGCUUAAAACUAUAUAUGUAUGUUGUAAGUUUAAAAUAUUGUUUAUCAAUAUUUUUUAUAUUGUCCCUUUUCAGCAUUUCAUUUCCUUCAUUCUAAUUUUAAUGUUCAUAGAAAAACAGUUUCCUUUACUUUUCAGAUUAUUUUAAAGUGAAUAUUUUUUUAAAUGUAACUUUAACCAAACAUUAUAUUCGAUU